AUGCCUCUUAGCUCUGAUUUUUCCCAUGUUACAUCACACAAUAGGGUUACUAAUUUAUCUUCUAGUGGUAGCGCAAAGAAAUCUUUGAAUGUCGAAUCUCCUUCAUUCACUCCUACUCAACUUGGGGGUAAAAAAUCCAACUUCUCGACAAAUGCUACCCCCUUCACCCCUAGAGGAGCCUCUGCAUCCUUGCAGCAAGAUACUGGAGCCUCAUUAUACAAAUCAGCACCAUUUGCCGAUUUCGCUCCCCAGAAUUACGAUUUGAAUACUGCGACUGCAACCAACGGUUCAACAGACAGCGGGUCCCUCGGCUACGAUCCGUUUACUAUGUCUACUGUUAACCAGGCGCUUCCAUCGGCGCAGUAUAACCCUUACGCAGAGGACCACAGCGCCUUAGCUGGUGCUGGUGCUCCAUACUAUGCGGCUCAGAAUUCUUACGCUGCUCCGUCUCAACCGCUUCAAUACCAUCUUUAUUACCCCAUCACAUCAGGAAGGGAAAAUCUACAGCCUUACCAGAAACAAGUAUUCGACUUAUUUCUUCCCGAUCCUAUCAGGGAGGACCUCCAGAAAAAGUCCGAGGCUGCCAGACAAGUACUCCCGAGCCAACCUGGAGUGCAGCUACCCACCCUCCAGCAUUAUCACUCCCUUGUGCCUCUAGAUACCAAACUCCGAAGCGCGACCAAUAUCCUAGGGCUUCCGAGUUGGGUGUUCAAGGCAACUUCCAGAAAGAAUGGGAAUAUAUUCUGCUUGAGACGAAUUGAAGGAUUCCGCCUCACUAAUGAGGAAGCAAUCAAAGCUGUGAAUUCGUGGAAGAAGAUCAUCCACCCAAACAUAGUUACAACGAUCGAAGCAUUCACGACAAGGGACUUUAAUGACAGCUCACUCGUGUUUGUACACAGUUAUCACCCUCUUUCGAAAACACUAUCGGAGUAUCACUUCCCUAGCAACCGCUUUGGGCGCCCCCAACCUGUUUCGGAGAAGAUAUUAUGGAGUUAUCUGGUUCAGCUCGCGAGUGCUAUCAAGGCCAUCCACAAAGCCAAGCUCGCAGCACGCUGUAUUGACCUAAGCAAGGUGAUUUUAACGGACAAGAAUCGUAUCAGGCUCAGUGCAUGCUCUAUUCUAGAUGUACUUCAUUUCGAAAUACCCCGCCGGAUCGAGGAAUUACAGCAGGAGGACUUCUUUAACCUGGGCCGACUCAUCCUAAGCAUCGCGACUAAUACGCCGGUUAGAAACCUUGGCGACCUACGCUUACCUCUGGACCAAUUAUCCAGGACCUAUUCACCUGAGCUCAAGGAGAGGAUAUCGUGGCUACUAAGCCCGCCACAGAAUAUACCGGAGAAGACAGCGGAACAUUUGGUGUAUGACCUUGCUCAACAUGCCGAUGAUGUGCUAGUAGCAUCAUUCAAUGCUCAGGACGAGACUGUUACUCACCUAGGCAGGGAACUCGAAAAUGGUCGGUUGGUACGGCUAAUGGCGAAAUUAGGUUCCAUCAACGAGCGACCGGAGUUUGACAACGACCCUAACUGGGCCGAAAACUCGGAACGCUACACCUUGAAGUUAUUCCGAGAUUACGUCUUUCACCAGGUCGAUGCCCAAGGAAAUCCAGUUAUUGACCUUGGACAUAUCAUUAGCUGCCUAAAUAAGUUAGACGCCGGUGUUGAUGAAAGAAUUUAUCUUACGAGUCGGGAUCACCAAUCAACUUUCGUGGUGUCAUAUAAAGAAUUGAAGAAGCAGGCCCAGAGUGCUUUUCACGACCUGUUUAAGGCAAGCAAUAAACCGCAGACCAGCCGAGGCUAUUAG